UGAUCCACCAGCCUUGGCCUACCAAAGUGCUGGGAUUACAGAUGUGAGCCACUGUGCCUGGCCUAGAUGCUUUCAUACAAGCUUUUCAAUUAUGCAUUUUCCUUAAGUAGGAAGUCUUAGGAUCCAAGUUAUAUCUGAUUGCUGUAGUCUACGUUCCCAUAUUCUAUCCCUAUUUCUGAUUUUUCAGUCAUGAACUACCACAUCAAGGAACUCAUCCUGGGCUUUGUUACAUGGCUGAGUUGGCUGGACGAGGGCAAGGUCUGAUCCUGGAACUGUGGCAUGUGAUGACAUACACCCCCCUCCACAUUCUGUAUGUCUCUAGUGGGGAGGGGGAAGCUGGCCAUAGAACUUGAUUGUAUUUUCGGAUUGCCUCACUUUAAUCGCCCCCCGGGCACUCCUUUGUUCCUAAAGUAACCAAAGACAGUGCUUCCUCGAACCAACCUUACAGGAAACAAAGGGAUAAACAAAGCCAAAUGGGAAGCAAGAUCAUUCUUUGAACUCUUUCUGGGCAGAGAACAAUACCUGGUAUGGACUAGAUACUGGGGGAGGAAAAGGAAAAGUAAGGUGAAUUUUGGAAGGAAGCUGGCAGGCUCAGCGUUUCUGUCUUGGCAUGAUCAAUCUCUUUUCAUUCUCUUCCUAGAUGUAGGGCUUGGUUCCAGAGCCCCUGAGGCUUUCUGCAUGAAUAUAAAGAGGUGAAACUGAGUGAUGCUUUCAUUUCAGGUUCUUGGGGACAGCCAAAAUGAUGUCCUUUGUCCCUCUGCUCCUGGUGGGCAUCCUGUUCCCUGCCAUCCCUGCCAAGCAAUUUACAAAAUGUGAGCUGUCCCAGGAGCUGAAAGCCUUGGAUGGUUAUAGAGGCAUCUCUUUGCCUGAAUUCAUCUGUACCAUGUUUCACACCAGUGGUUAUGAUACACAAGCCAUGGUUGUAAACAAGGGCAGCACGGAAUAUGGACUCUUCCAGAUCAGUAAUAAGCAUUGGUGCAAGAGCAACCAGGUCCCUCAGUCAAGGAAUAUCUGUGACAUCUCCUGUGACAAGUUCCUGGAUGAUGACAUUACUGAUGACAUAAUGUGUGCCAAGAAGAUCCUGGACAUGAAAGGAAUUGACUACUGGUUGGCCCAUAAAGCCCUCUGCAGUGACAACCUGGAACAGUGGCUUUGUGAGAAGUUGUGAGCGUCUGCUGUCCUUGCCAGUCCUGCCCGGUCCACGCUCCUGGAAUGCCUCUUCCCUAAUGCUACCUCAGCUUGCUUCUUUCUCUUCCCCUAAGCUUAUCUGACUCUGAGGCUUGGGCCCUGUAGUGACACCACUGAACUCUUGAGGACUGUUUUCCAGGGAUGCCUGAGUGGUGCACUGAGCUCUAGACCCUUGCUCAGUGUCCCAGAUGACACUUUCACUACAGCACAGAUCUCACCUCUGUCUUAAAUAAAGGGCCCAAUUUGGAGUCACUGGCUGUAUUUUUUUUCCCCUGGAGGGAAGGGGAAGAAAUAGGGUGAGUGGGUGGACUCUGAAGCCAUAGGUCAUAGCCACAUUCCAUCUCUACUGAAGAAGAAGAAGGCUGAAUUUACAAUAGAAAGGCGAAGGUUACUUCCUAUACCAAUUCAAUGCAACGAACUUUUAUUGAUCACCUAAUCUAUUCAAGGAACUGUUGAGAGAUCCAAAGUUGACUGAACACUGGUCAGGCACAGUGCUAAUGCCAGUAAUUCCAGCACUUUGGGAGGCUGAGGUGAACAGAUCACUUGAGGUCAGGGGUUCGAGACCAGUCUGGCCAACAUGGUCAAACCCCAUCUCUACCCAAAAUAC